AUGUUUUUAGUUGCAUUUGAUUUUGAUCAUACUAUUAUCGAUGCUAAUUCUGAUAUUCAUGUAAAUAAACUCUUUCCAUCAGAUGAAGAACGAUUAAUUGCAGAAAAGAAUUGUUCACAAAUUAGUUCUUGGACAACUCGUAUGCAAGAAAUCUUUCAUCAAUUACAUAAAUUUAAUAUAAACGAAACUGAUUAUACAAACAAUAUGCAAGAAAUUCCAUUAACUAGUGGUUUUUCUCAUUUAAUUAAUUAUUUAUAUUCUUUAGAAAAUAGUCAUUUAAUUAUUAUUAGUGAUUCAAAUCUUGUUUUUAUUAAUACAAUAUUAAAACAUAAUCAUCUUGAUCAUAUGUUUAAAGAUAUAUUUACCAAUCCGGCUUAUUUUAGUAAAGAUGAUCAACGUUUAAUAAUUGAACCCUAUGGUCAACAAACAUGUCCAACAUGUCCAUCAAAUAUGUGUAAACGAGAAAUAAUUGAAAAAUAUGCUCGAACAAAAUUUUCUGAAGAAAUUCGUAUUUUAUUUAUUGGUGAUGGACAUAAUGAUGUAUGUGCAGCAAAUAGUUUAAAAAAAGGUGAUCUAAUUUGUGCACGUAGUGGAUAUCGUAUGGCAAAAGAAUUAAAACAGCAACAACAAUUAGGAGAGAAAAAAUUUCAAGCAGAUUUUUUUGAAUGGAAUGACGGAAAAGAAAUUGAAGAUUUUAUUAAAAAUAAUUGGUUACAUAAAUUUUAA